AUGGUGCAGGGCGACGGGAUCACUGACUUGAGCGUCAUACGAGGGCGCUACCUGAUCAAUGGGUGCUUUACUGAAGAAAUUUUAUGGGUAAAAGAGACUCCUAGGGAGGUACGUUCUACCGAUCGAAGAAGGAUAAAACACAAACCAGCUCGAUUAUUACCAGGGAUUGAACGACCACCAGAGAUCAAUAACACGGUAACUAUGAAUCACCUGGGACAUUUUUACUUGUGUGUUUCCGUUCCUUUGGACAUUAUCGAUAAUCAAGAUGAUGUUCAUGAAGAUGGAUCAGGACGCGAACAGGGCGAGGAACAUCUUACUCAAAUUGUUAGCGGAGGGUCAGGUUUUGGCCUGACUUCGGGACUUGAACCUUUAUGGGAUACGAUAUGA